CGGCUAUGUAGCGUGAUGAGGACUCACCUGUGCACCAGGAGAAAAGUCCACCGUUUAACUUGUGCAGAAGAAAACGCUUACGUAUUUCAGUCACGGUCGUCAGGUCCCAGCCCCAGUCCCAGUCCCACGCCUGACAGCGAAAUGUCUGAGAGAGGAGCCUUCGAUACCAACGUGCUGACCCUCACCAGGUUCGUCCUGGAGGAGGGCAGGAAGGCCCAAGGAACCGGGGAGCUGACAAACCUGCUCAACUCCAUCUGCACCGCUGUCAAAGCCAUUUCCACCGCUGUCAGGAAGGCUGGGAUUGCUAACCUCUAUGGCAUCGCUGGGAGCACCAACGUGACCGGGGACCAGGUGAAGAAGCUGGACGUCCUCUCCAACGACCUGGUCAUCAACAUGAUCAAGUCCUCCUUCACCUCCUGCGUGCUGGUCUCAGAGGAAGAUGACAACGCCCUCAUUGUGGAACCAGACAAGAGCGGAAAGUACAUCGUGUGCUUCGAUCCACUGGACGGCUCCUCCAACAUCGACUGUCUUGUCUCCAUUGGAACAAUCUUCGCCAUCUACAAAAAGACCACAAAUGGGGAACCAUGCGAGAAGGACGCUCUGCAGCCUGGAAGAAACAUCGUGGCAGCAGGUUAUGCCCUGUACGGCAGCGCCACCAUGAUCGUCCUGUCCACUGGUCAGGGAGUCAACUGCUUCAUGCUCGACCCUUCAAUCGGAGAGUUCAUCCUGGUGGACAAAGACGUGAAGAUUAAGAAAAAGGGAAAAAUCUACAGUUUGAAUGAGGGAUACGCACAGCAUUUUUAUCCAGAUGUGACAGAGUACCUACAAAAGAAGAAAUACCCAGAGGAUGGUUCCGCUCCAUAUGGGAGUCGAUAUGUCGGUUCAAUGGUAGCAGAUGUUCAUCGUACUUUGGUGUACGGAGGAAUCUUUUUAUAUCCUGCUAAUGUCAAGAGUCCUAAGGGAAAGCUGAGGCUGCUUUACGAAUGCAACCCCAUGGCCUUCAUCAUGGAGCAGGCUGGAGGACUGGCCACCACCGGAGCUAUGAACGUUUUGGACAUCCAGCCAACCUCCAUCCACCAGAGAGUCCCUGUGGUCCUGGGCUCCCCUGACGAUGUGCAGGAGUAUAUUUCCAUCUACAAGAAGCACAACAAAUGAGCAGGUCAGGUCUGGUGGUGAGCAACAUAAAACAGGACUGACAACACAAACUCUGGGUUCAGUCAGGACGUUGAUUGUGCUUUUUACUCGUUCCAUCUAAAAGCACUGAUGAAGAAACCAGAAGACAGACUGACUGGAUCUACUACCUCUGCCUCACACUGGGUGAAUUCCAUCUCGACGCCUGUAUUUUUUAAAUAAAGACAAACUGAAA